AUGAUGGAGGAGGGGGAGACGGAGGAGGUGGGAGUGUCUGAGGGGGAGGACACGGACGUUGAGGGAGGGGAGGAGGUGGGGAUGGAGGAGGGAGUUGCUGGGGAGGAGGGACUCCCGUGGGAGGAGCAGCGGGAGGGGAACAUGGUCCAGAGCUCCCGGGAGGAGGAGUCAGCUGGGACUCCCGGGGCUGACCGUGCAGAGGCUGCCUGCCCGCAGGUGGCCGACUAUCCCACCGCCGCAGCCUCCGCCGCCUCAGCGCACGUCAGCCCCCCCCCUCAGAGAGAGCAGCGCGGCUAUGACUGGGGCUUGGACAUUGCAGAGGGGGGUUUGUUUAGCAGUGAUGCCUUCACCCCCCCGACGGCCACCUCGUCCCCCUUCUCGCUAUUCUCCGACCCCGCCUUCCCUGCCCAGCCCAUCCCAACCCCCAGAGCUGCCGUCCCGAGCACUGUCGAUCCCUUCCGCACCGCCCCGCAGAUCGAGACUCCUCUGAUCGAGGACCCCCUGCCCGAGACGUUGGCAGACUUGGGGUUCGUGGAUGUGCCUCUGACAGCGGAGGAGGGGGAUGAGAGUGAGAUCGAGAGAGCGGUGCUGGGCUUGGGAUUGGAUGAUGGGGAGGCAGGUUUGGAGGGGGGAGAUAUCACCAGGGACGGAGAGCCGCACGGCAGGAGCUCAGAGUUGGGAGAGAUUGGAGGGGGGCUAUUUAGCUCUGAUGCUUUUGUUCCCCCCGCGGGUGCCUCCUCCCCAUUCUCGUUGUUUUCCGACCCCGUGUUUGCCUGCGAGCCCAUUCCUUCCCCCAGGGCGGCGGAACCGAGCUGUUUCGAGUCGGUCCCGCUCGGAUCCAGCCCCCCGGUCGAGAGCUCCCCGGUCGAGCUCCCAGACAUUGAGACCUGGUCAGGGCUCGGUUUUGCUGACGUCCCGCUGACAGGGGAUGGGGCCGAUGAGGGCGACAUCGUGCGGGCAGUGGUGGAUCUCGUCUUUGACGAGGAGGGGCCACUUUUGGAGGGGGCGCAGACUGAGAGGGAGGGGGAGGAGAGAGAUGAGGUGGAGGCAGGGGAGAUCGACACGUGUCCUCGGGAGGAGGAGUCGGUUGGGACUCCCGGGGCAGAAGCCGCGGCGGGGCCCUUGUGGGCAGGGGAGGCAGAGGCGGCGCCGCAGGUCCAGGACUCCUGGGAGGGUGCUGUUCCCAGCGUGUGCCCGAUCCAGUACGCCGACUUGGCGCGAGUCCUGCCGUUCAUCCCCAACGUUCGGCUGGUGCGGGAGUUGGCGAGAGGCGGUCAGGGGGUGGUGUUUGCGGGGGAGGCGCGCACUGGUGACGGCCUCAGCUUCUCGGCCGCCAUCAAGUUUGCCGUUGGAGAAGAGGCGCCCCUGGUCCGGGAGGCCGUGCUCCACGCCGCCUGCAGCGGCUGCACGAACCUCAUCCCCGUCCGCGGCUUCUCACUUUACCUCGGCCGGUUCGCUCUGGUGUUCGACCUGGCGGACGGUCCGCCCACGUGGACCCAGCCUGGGGCAGGCGUGCAGUGCACCCCGGUUCAGCUGUACCGGGCGGUGCGGUUCCUGUGGCAGGCGCUGCAGGGGCUGGAGGAUAUGCACGGGCUCGGCGUCGUGCACCGCGACGUCAAGCCCGAGAACCUGCUGAGUCAGCGUGGCGUGGGCAAGCUGGCGGACCUGGGCCUUGCCACGUAUCUGCAUGAGCCGCAGGGCAACGGCAGGUGUGGCACCCCGAGGUACGUCGCCCCUGAGGUGUUUUACCAGGGCUUCCAGGACCGCCGGUCUGACGUUUAUGCGGUCGGGAAGACAAUCCAUGCCAUCGUGACGGGGACGCGUCCCAACACCGGCUUCUGUGACACCAAGGCCCUGCUCGGGUCGCUGGUCGUCACCGGCGGGCGGCAGGCGUGGCCCGCUGCCGUCCACGUGUACGGCGCGGAGGUGGUCCAGCUGGCGGACGCGUGCUGCGCGCCCGACCCCGACCAACGGCCCACCGCGGCUGACAUCACGGACGCGCUCCUCGGCACCGCAGUGCGGCUCAGGAAGCUGUGCCAGGCCGCCGCGGGGGUGCUGGGGGCGUGCGCGUAA